AUGAGCGUCUCGUCAACAUCGCCGGACAAGGCCGGGCUCGUACAGAAGCCCUUAUACCUGCAAACGCCCCUGAUCAGGUCAAGUCAUAUAUCUUCGGCGUCGAAGUGCGACGCGUACCUCAAACUCGAGUCUUUCAAGGCCAGAGGAAUAUCUUCCUUCGUACAGCGUUCUGUCGCGACGCAUGGUGCAUCUGUGCACAUUAUUAUCGCCUCCGGGGGCAACGCUGGACUGGCCGCCGCCUGGGCCGCACAUGCGCUGAUGGUUCGAUGCACGGUAUUCCUUCCCGAGUCAGCUAGUCGGGAAACCAUCGACUUCCUUCACAAACAUGGCGCGGAGGUUGUGAUAGAGGGCAAGAUCUUCUUGGAGGCUCUAGCAAAGGCGGAGGAGGUUGCUAGAACAGAGGAUAACGCGGUGGUGGUCCCCGCAUAUGACGACCUCGUGCUAUGGCAGGGACACGCCUCAAUGAUCACUGAAAUCCAGCAACAGUUUCAGGAUAUCCAAGGGGUGGAACAGGUGACGAAACCGGACGCGAUAUUCUGCAGCGUCGGCGGUGCAGGACUUCUUGGAGGUGUGCUUGUCGGAUUAAAACAGGUUGGCUGGGAAGACAUCCCAGUCGUCGCAGUCGAGACGCACGGGUCCAACUGCUUCGAGGAAUCCCUGAGAUUGAAUCGUGACGAAACAUUCGAGCCAUCGAAGUCCCCGAACAUCGACAGGGUGGUUCUCGACGAGCAUCACCGAGUCAAGGUUGCGCACUUAAAGCAGUUGACUUCAAAGGCAACCUCUCUAGGAGCGUCGUCACCUUCCGCGGGGGUGGUAAAGUUGGCUUUGCAACAUCCAGGAGGGGUAGCCUCCUUGACCGUGUCCGACGAAAUGGCAAUGUGGGCCUCUGAAAGAUUCGCAGAAGAUCAUAAGACCCUCGUCGAGCUAGCAUGUUCGGCGACGUUGACGCCAGCUUAUAGCCCGGACCUCCUCAGCCGUCUGCUGGGCGUAGUCUCUCCUAGCAGGGGACAUGACUCCGUGAAGCUCGUAUUCAUCGUCUGUGGUGGUUUCAAGGUGUCUCUAGCCGAUCUGGCGGAGUAUCAGCACGUAGCUGCGAUCGAGACUGGGGAAAGGAAAGGUACUGACUGGAAGGUUCGCUGCAACGCUCAGCCAUGGGAUAUUCCCAAGUGA